AUGGUCUCCGAAGGUCAUCUCAACGUCGGUAGGCUCCAAGUACAGUCCCCAGCCUACAUGGAGAUUCAGUCACCUCGUGCUCCGAAUUCGUCCACUAGUUCUCACGCCUUGAACUUGCGCCGACGCAAAAUUGAAAUCGAAGUCGUUGAAGGUGCACGCAAGGAUAGCGGCGUGAAGAUGGUAUAUAGCUCAAACAAUACCGAUCGUGUUAACGAAACUGAUAGAAUUAUUCAAGCGAGUCCUCAAACAUCUGAUUCUGGUAUCGAUAACACACAGCAAACAGCUGAUGUUGGAAUCGACAAUACUCCACGAAUGUAA